GACCUGGCUCCGGGGCGCGGGGCUGGAGUCGGGGGCAGCUCAGAGCCGGCAGGAGCGGGCUGCCUUUGCCGGGAACCUCCCGCCGGCGGCUUGCGCUCGGGGCGGCUCUGUGCGCCCUUACCUGUGGGGAGCGGAGCUGGGGAGGCGGGGCGGGAGGCGGCGCGGCGCGACUCUGCCCUGCCUCCCCGCUCGCCGCCGCUCGCUCCCCGGCCGGCGCUGUGUCUCCUGCGCCUCCAAGAUGAGCGGGCAGCGGCGAGGCGGCUGCCGGAACCCGCUGAGCAGCCCUGCACUGCUCAGAUUGCCCCAGGAUUGAGGUGCUGCAGAUGGCUCCUCUGCGGUUUCUGCAGCUCGGCUGCAUCCAGUGGACUGAUCUGAAGGUUGAGCCCUUACCAUGCAAUCACCAUCACCAAGAACCUCAGGUAUCUGACCAGCUUCCUUGGUUUUUGAUGCUGAAGCAGGAUUGUUUUAACUAAAGAUGGAAACACUGGAGUCGGAAUUGACCUGCCCAAUCUGCUUGGAGUUAUUCGAAGACCCUCUGUUGCUGCCGUGUGCUCACAGCCUGUGCUUCAGUUGUGCCCAUCGCAUCUUGGUGUCCAGCUGCUCCUCCAGCGAGUCGAUAGAGCCCAUCACAGCAUUCCAGUGCCCCACCUGCAGGUAUGUCAUCUCCCUUAACCACCGUGGCCUAGAGGGCCUCAAGCGGAAUGUGACCCUGCAGAACAUUAUAGAUCGCUUCCAAAAGGCUUCUCUGAGUGGCCCCAAUUCCCCUAGCGAGAGCCGCCGAGAGAGAACAUACCGCAAGAGUCCUGCCAUGUCCAGCGAAAGGAUAGCGUGUCAGUUCUGUGAGCAGGACCCACCGCGGGAUGCGGUGAAGACCUGCAUAACCUGCGAGGUGUCCUACUGUGACCGCUGCCUCCGGGCCACGCACCCCAACAAGAAGCCGUUCACCAGCCACCGCCUGGUGGAGCCUGUGCCAGACACACACUUCCGAGGACUCACUUGCUUGGAGCACGAGAACGAGAAAGUGAACAUGUACUGUGUUGCGGACGACCAGCUGAUCUGUGCCUUAUGCAAACUGGUGGGACGCCACCGAGACCACCAGGUGGCGUCGCUGAGUGAUCGAUUUGAGAAGCUCAAGCAAACCCUGGAGACGAACCUCACCAACCUGGUUAAACGCAAUAGCGAACUCGAAAACCAGAUGGCCAAGCUGAUACAGAUCUGCCAGCAGGUGGAGGUGAACACAGCCAUGCAUGAGGCCAAGUUGAUGGAGGAGUGUGAUGAGCUCAUGGAGAUCAUCCGGCAGCGCAAGCAAGUGAUCGCUGUCAAGAUCAAGGAGACGAAGGUUAUGAAGCUGAGGAAGCUGGCCCAGCAGGUAGCUAACUGUCGGCAGUGCCUGGAGCGCUCCACGGUCCUCAUCAAUCAAGCAGAACAUAUCCUGAAAGAGAACGACCAUGCACGGUUCCUGCAGACUGCCAGGAAUGUGGCCGAGAGGGUCGCCAUGGCAACUGCAUCCUCUCAAGUGCUGAUACCAGAUAUCAAUUUUAACGAUGCCUUUGAAAACUUUGCUUUAGAUUUUUCCAGAGAAAAGAAACUGCUGGAGGGGCUGGAUUAUCUAACAGCACCCAAUCCACCGUCUGUCCGAGAGGAGCUUUGUACGGCUUCCCAUGACACCAUUACAGUCCACUGGAUCUCGGAGGAUGAGUUCAGUGUCAGCUCCUAUGAGCUCCAGUACACCAUCUUCACCGGCCAGGCCAACUUCAUCAGUCUGUACAACUCCAUGGAUAGCUGGAUGAUUGUCCCCAACAUCAAACAGAAUCACUACACCGUGCACGGGCUCCAGAGUGGCACCAGAUACAUCUUCCUUGUCAAGGCCAUAAACCAAGCUGGGAGCCGGAACAGCGAACCUGCCAGGCUCAAGACAAACAGUCAGCCCUUUAAGUUGGAUCCCAAGAUGGCUCACAAGAAGCUGAAGCUCUCCAAUGAUGGGCUGCAGAUGGAAAAGGACGAGAGCUCCUUGAAAAAGAGCCACACACCCGAGAGGUUCAGCGGUACUGGGUGCUAUGGAGCAGCAGGCAACAUAUUCAUCGACAGCGGGUGCCAUUACUGGGAAGUGAUGGUGGGAUCCUCAACCUGGUACGCCAUCGGCAUCGCCUAUAAAUCAGCCCCAAAGAAUGAGUGGAUUGGCAAGAACUCCUCAUCCUGGGUCUUCUCCCGCUGCAGCAGCAACUUUGUGGUGAGACACAACAACAAGGAGAUGCUGGUGGACGUUCACCCACAGAUGAAGCGUCUGGGCAUCCUUCUGGAUUAUGACAACAACGCCCUGUCCUUCUACGACCCGGCCAGUUCUCUCCACCUCCACACGUUCAGCGUUGCCUUCAUCCUGCCGGUGUGUCCAACGUUCACCCUCUGGAACAAAUCCUUGAUGAUCCUGUCUGGCCUGCCGGCUCCAGACUUCAUCGAUUACCCAGAGCAGCAGGAGUGUAACUGCCGACCGCAGGAGUCCCCGUACGUAUCAGGGAUGAAAGCCUGCCACUAAGCAGCAGCCAGCCCGUCGUGCUCAACAGUGGCUCAUGGGGAAUGUUCAUGGGGGCUUCUGAAGAGCUGGAUUGGAAAGCAGGCCCUGCUGCCAGAGAAAUAAUGCUCGGCGAGUGAGCCUCUCCCACAGGAAGCUCAUUUUUAAGGGAAAAACAAAACUUUAAAAGCGAUUGAAAUAAACUCUGUGGCCGAGCUCCGUGUGUAUGGGAAUGCGGCUUGUGAAACUCCUUUGUAGCAGGAUGGCGUUCCUCCAGCUGGACUGUCACACGGCUUGUUUGGAGGCGAGCGGAGCGAGGGUGGGCAGUGCUUGUUUCAGGGCCCCCUAGGAGUGUGGGUGAGGGAGGGGAUCCUGGGCGGAACAGGGUGUAGCCUGGUAGGGGAGCAGAGCCUCCUGGCCAGCUCAAGCGCCAGCCUGCUCCAUUGACCAUCCCCGUUCAGACAGGGGGCUGCAAUCGGCCGCAUCUCAGGAAGGAUCCAUCACAUAAGCAACGCGGCUUUCAAUGUCACCCAGAGAGGCGGCCGCAGCCAACCAUCCAGAGCCAUUCAAACUGUAGGCAGGUUGUGAAAGUGGAAACCACUCUGAGAGGAGCCGUCCAGCUGCUUCGCCUGCUGGGUGUGGCUGGUGUGUUGAGCUGACAGGCACACGCGCUUCCGCCCGCUCGGGGGGAUGCUCAGACCUGAAAUCCGACUUCCCCCCAGUGCUCCCUUUUCUUCCAUUAUAACUGCCUCCUUUGGGAGGCCCUUUGUCAUUAUACGUCAGGGAGGCCCCAGCCAAGCUCAGCUCAGGCUGAUACCUGAUCUGUGUGAAAUGGAGCAAGCUGAGGUAUCUGUCCCCUCCAGUGCCCACCUGUGCUCUCCACAGGCCCCACCAUGCAAUGCUGCUUCUUGAUGCUGGCCUAGGUCAUGCUCCACGGUAGAGAUGUGGCUGGCCAAAAGCUGCACUGGUUUAAUGUAGGCCAUCCCCCUGGAAGGAGUGUGUGUUGGGAGUGGGGAAAGGGCCCAGUAUCAGCUGGUGCUGCCGCCAGGCAAGGAGAGUGGAAGCUGGCCAGACAGUAGCAUCUCCAGGGAAGCAGGAGAGAGCCAGUGGGCCGUGAGGUCUAUGACUACUGUACUGUACAAGGACUGUAUCCAUUAUUUAUGCCUCUGCACACAGCCCUGCUCAGAAUGCACUUUCUCCUCUGUAUGUUGUGUUGGUGUGAGGGUUGACUGGGGGCUACAAGUGAGUAAAUCCAGAAGACCAAAUAUGAGCGCUGAUAGCAAGCGCAGUAGCCUGGCCUGGCCAAGUCCAUCUGGCUCGUUCUCUGUCCCGUGCUGGCUGGUUCUUGGGGUCACUUCUGGAGUCAGUGCAGAGCCAUUCCUUUCACUCUGAAGUUAACCCAUGGGGAGGAGAUCAGAAUCCAGCCCCUGGGCCUUUGUGUUUGGGUAACUCUGCCCCUGUCAUGCAGAGACUUGCCCAAGGUUUUUGUUCCCCAUGAAUCCCAGCUGGUCUGACCCUCCCUGGCAGGCACCUUGCAUCAUCACUUACGCUGGGACCGAGCAAGGGCAAGUUCUCCCAAACCUCAGUUCUUCCCUUCCUGAUGCUGGGGGAGCGUGUUGCAUAGAUAGGUGUGAAAGACAACAGGAGCUAGGUAGGAGAGGACAGUCCUGCAUAUGUCAGAGGAACUGCAGGUCAUGGGGAAACAGUGCCCAAAGCACACUGAAAGCUGCCUCCUGGUGCCUUUGAUCUGAUUUGGGAGAGGGAUAGUGUAAAGGUUCGGACUCACCCCUGUAGUGUCUGCUGCUGGUCACUGGGGAAUUAGCUCUUUCCCCCGCUCAGCCUGUUCCUUCCCUAGCACUGCACCACCCUCAGUACCCUGUCAGGCAGGCAGCCAGGCCCUGCUCUCUCCCAGCCUAGAGAGUGACUCCUUGGGCCUCUGGCUCACAGACUUUUUAUACAGGCCAGCUGGGGCCUGAUGGGGUGUGGCCCAGCUGCAGCUGCUUCCCCAAUCAGCCAUCCCCAGCCACAGCCCUCUCCAGGGCUGCUUUUAACCCCUUCUAUUUUAGGAGCAGGAUAGCCACCCCACUACAAAUAGGCAGCGUCUUGACUUCCAUAGGUGCAAAGGGAAUGCUGUCACCAGCAAAUGCGACUUACGAUGUUUCGGUUCCAGCUGCUUCUGCAGCUGUGGGCAGAUCUAGCCUGGGUUUGCAGCCUUCCACACCAGAGCCGGUCCUGCUGCAGACUCUCAUUCCAUGCUGUGGCCGGUGCCAUGGCUGCUUGAAUAUCAGUCUACUGGCUUUUAAAGUCUGGUUCUUUCACACACAGCUGGUGCUGUUCUGCUGGGGACCCAGCGUCCAACCAGCUUUUAGAAGUGGCGCUAACAAAACCUCCAAACCCUGGAAAGUCUCUCCUUUGGAACAAGGUUUGGCUCUUUUGCCCAGCCAAGCACCAGGCUGGCAAUAUUGGCUAGUGCCUGUCCAGGGGCCAGGUUCGAUGUGUUCUUUGGAAUGUCCCUUCUGUUAGUCUCUCCUUGGUUUUGUUGCAUGGGGCCAUGUGAUCCAGGACAGGAGAAGUUACCCCACAGCCCUUAUGUGGCUUAAAACUCUGCUUAACUUUUCCUUGUUUCAAACAGGAAGAGAUCUCUGGACCUUGCUGAUCAGAAAUCUACCUCAUAGCCCAGCCUCCGGGGAGCAGGUAGAUUGACUGAUCUGGGGGUAGUCUUAGUGCAUGGACUACUUGCGUUAGGAUGGAGUGGGCAGAGCAUGGCUCACCUGGCUGGAGGGAGGUUCCUGCCUAGUUUCAGGGGUGGAGGGCAGAGAGAGAGGCUGGUUUGGCUGAGAUGGAGUGUAGUGUGACGUUUGCGCUGGACCGCUGGCUGCUGUACAGUCCUGUUGCUAGGCUUUGAGGAUGCUGGUUUGGAGACAGGCAGCCUGUGGACGAAACCCAGCCCCUCUGCAAACCUCCCAGUAUUGUCCCUUGUGACUCGUCUGGGUUCACUUAAUGCCUCCUUCCCGCCUGCCGGCCCUCAGCUAUCCGAGGUGCCCUGACUCAAACUGAUGUGCUUCCAUCCUUCAGUUCUCUCUGGCAGCUUUCUUGCGUGAUAUAGGCCCCUCUCAAGCUCAUUAAGCAGCCUCCCCAGCUCAUGGCAGUCUGCCGAAUGCCAUUGUUCUUUGGGGUGAGUCAGGGCAGGGUGUGCAUGUGUCCCCUGAAGCUAUGUCAGAUGAGAUCUGUGGCUGGCCGAUCAGCUGGCAUGGUAACCUUUUAUGAUGUGCUGCAGAGCCUUGAAUGCGCCGUGCUGAGGGAUACUUUUCAUUGACACUGAAUUGCCAUCGGGAUCAGCAGAAGAUUGAUACUUUCUUGCAGGCACAGGGUGUAUAAAAGAGAACCUGUCUUUUCUUCCCUUUCAGUAUUCAACAUUUAUGGUGACUGGCUGCCUAAUGAAAGGGUGUCUGGGGUGGGGGGUAAUAAGGAAAAAUUAUAUGCCACCUUGAGCUAGGUUGGGAAUCAGAAAAGUGUUUUCGUUCCCUGUCUCUGGUCUAGGCAGCUUUCCCUGCCACAGAAGGCCCAGUGCUGUUUGCCCAUAAAUUGCAGUGUGUGACGCACCAGUUCAGAGCCAAGGGGAGGUUUCUAUUUGCUCCUGCUGGCCCAAGCUGCCGAUGGUGGGGUGUGGGGAUUCACAUCCCCAUUCCUGCCUUGCUUGGCAGCUAAGCCCAGAAUCAUUUUAAGCAGACAAAUUGCCAUUUUCAGGUUGAUGUUUUUCAAAGGCACGUAAUGCUGCCCCCUGUGUGCUGACCCAGAGUGUUCCCAACGGGGGGGUGCUGCUUGUGAUGGAAGCUGCCUCAAACAGAUGCCUGCACACUGUAGGUGGAUUUUAACAUUUGCAAAACAGGGGCCAAGCUUUCCAGCUGGCCCUGUCGCUGUUUAGAUGGGAUCGUUGUUGGAGACUGUGCCGCAUCCUUUAACUCGGAGCACACGAGCCAUUCAUGUGACGUUACACCGGAUGAAAUUGCACUAAUUACAUUAGGGUUCUGAAGAACCGUACCAGUGACGGGCAGGAGGGCACUGCAGAGAGCUUGUCUGGGCAAGUGGAAAAGGGGAGGCCGGCACAAUUAGCUGACAGGCCUGGGGUUCGUCGCCUGCGUUCCUCUCUGCUGGUUGUCAAAAGCAAAACCAACCAUGUCUAUCAGUGUGGGCAGUCGCUGUCCUGUGCUAAGUCCAGGAGCAAAGCCUGGCUCCUGCACUGCGGAACUCAGGCAAAUCAGGCUCCUGCACUAGAGAGCUGUCCCCUGCAGAUGGAAAUGGAUCCUCAAAGCUCCCUUGUUGCAUCAUGGCCUUUGCCUCCCACCCAUUAGCAAGCACUCCCAUUGGUGAAAAUGCCUGGUGUCAUAUGACGCUGCGACAGUUCCAGCCAAUCCAAGCCCAUCCAGCCUCUGCUGUCCAUGGUUGGAAUUAACAUAGAAAUGCUUUCUGCCUGUCGGAAGCAGGUGGCAGGAUCGGAGGGUGCCGGUUCAAGUCACUGCAGGAAGUUCAUUUGUCAUCUGUAUUUCUGCCUCUUGCAGAGCUCUGCGGCUGCUGGAUGUUUUUAUCAUAGUAAAUCCAUUGUAUCUGACUUGGGAUGUGGUGAAAAUCUGGUUACAGUGAAACCUGUCAUACUUUCUCUUCAUAUGUAACAUAACUGGGGUUUGGGUUUUUUUUUUUUUUUUUUUGGCAAUUUCUUUGUUAAUGUGUAUAUAUAUAAAUAUAAUAUAAUAUAUAUA